AUGCAGGGCCUCAUAUGUUCUUCCACAACCCUGAGUUUCCACUCCAUGGGGGCAGACGAAUAUAAGAAAGAUCUUCCCCUCCACAGGUUUCUACAGUCCAGGAUCCCAGACCUCGAGAACCACCACUGCGUUGUCACUAAGAUGCCUGACACUUCGCUGCUUUUCGGCCCUCUCCUGAUUGGAGUUUGUCUCAAUAUGAUUUUAUACGGGGUGUCACUUGUACAGUCAUUCAUUUACUACCAAACAUACAAGCAAGAUGCAGCCUGGAUACGAUAUUUUGUGCUCUAUCUCUUCGUUCUAGAAACCGCCAAUACUGGGUUUAAUAUAGGUUUGCUGUACGAACCCCUGGUCCUCCACUAUGGGGACCCGCGUUCCUUCAUCAUCUCGCCAUUAAUGUUGAUUGCGGACCCUAUUGUCACGGUCAUGGUAUCUACGCCCGUACAAUUUUUCAUCGCAUGGAGAAUCAAAGUCAUCGGCAACUCUCUCAUCAUGCCCAUAGUCAUUGUUUUCCUCGGGACGUGCGCCUUCAUUGGAGGCAUUGCGCUCACUGUCUGCGUGUCUUACAUGCGCGAAUGGUCUCGCUUCACGCAAUUCGAGGGCGCUGUUAUCACCUGGCUGGCGGCUGCAGCUGCAGCAGACUUGCUGAUCACAGGCUCCCUCUCGUGGUCACUGAACCGGAGGCGGACGGGAAUCAAAGCUACUGAUGACAAGGUUUCAAGAAUCAUCCGUCUUACGGUGCAGACCGGCCUUAUUACAGCCAUCUUCGCACUCGCGGACGUGUUGAUAUUCCUGACAGUGAAGGGGACAACGCUUAACUUCAUCUGGGACUUGCCGCUAUCGAAGCUAUACACUAACUCGUUGCUUAGCACCUUGAACUCCCGUGCGGGAUGGGGCAACCUUACAGGACAAUCGACGGAAGAUACAAACGUCCUCUUUGCACGCAGUGAGCGUAGACGGCCUGGAAACGCUGUACCACACCACUCCAUUUCAGGCGGUAUGUCAGGUGUCAUCGAGCUCGAGCCCACUGGCACCCAGGCAUCGGAGCACCGCGUCAAGUUUGGCAGCAGCAUCGCGGUGACGACCGUUGUGGAACGCACGGGCGAUGGUGUAUACAAGAAGAGCAUGGAUAACAAGGUUUAA